AUGCUCGACUGUCUCGCUGCCCCGACUACCGUUUGCGUCACGGAUUGCGUUAUUGCUGAGCUGCAAAAGCUGCCGAAGAAGUACGCCGUCGCGCUCAGAGUAGCGAGGGAUCGCAGGUUUAGGCGGCUCGUGUGUACGCACAAAGGGACGUAUGCCGAUGACUGUUUGGUAAACCGCGUCGCGGCACAUCGCGUGUUUAUUGUCGCCACGUGCGAUCGCGACCUAAAGAGACGCAUUCGAAAGGUCCCUGGUGUGCCGAUUAUGUAUAUCUCGGGGCACAAGUACAAAGUGGAGCGCCUGCCCGAGACGCUUGCCCCAACGCUCAAGUAA